UGGUUCUCUCGCCGUGGCCGUGGUGAUACGAUAGCGGGAUGGCGGGAAAAACGAAAACAUACCUCGACUACCGAAACAAGCUGAUACUGGCACCCAUGGUGCGGGUCGGUACGCUGCCGAUGCGAUUGCUGGCCCUCGAGUACGGCGCUGACCUCGUGUACACCGAGGAAAUCAUCGACUGGAAGCUGCUGCGUGCCGAACGACGGGUAAACGACGUGCUGGGGACGAUCGACUACAUCGACACCACCGAUGGUACGGUCGUAUUUCGGACAUGCCCAGCCGAACGGGGGAAAGUGGUGUUGCAGAUUGGAACGGCAGCGGCUGAGCGCGCUGCAGCCGUGGGAAAAAUGCUGGAGCAGGACGUGACCGCCAUCGAUGUGAAUAUGGGCUGCCCGAAAGAAUUCUCCAUCAAGGGCGGUAUGGGUGUGGCCUUACUGUACGAUUUACCGCGGGCCAAGGCCGUACUCGAAGCACUAGUGCAGACGGUUUCCAUUCCGGUGACAUGCAAGAUACGACUGAUGCCCGAUGUCGAUGAUACCAUCAAGCUGGCCCGCGAGUUACAGUCGACCGGUAUCAGCGCGAUCGGUGUGCACGGGCGCACCAAAACGGAGCGACCACGGGAUCCAGUGAACGAAGCUGCGAUCGCCCGGGUUGCCGAAGCGUUGGACAUACCGGUGAUUGCGAACGGUGGUUCCCAAUCGAUUACGCGACACUGCGACAUGCUCAAGUUCGCUCGGCAGUGCGGUACCAGAAGCGUGAUGGUUGCCCGGGCCGCCGAAUGGAACGUGUCCGUGUUCCGCCCCGACGGGCCGCUGCCACUGGACGACGUGAUCCGGCGCUACCUAACGCUCUCGGUGCGCUACGACAACCCACCCGCGAACAGCAAAUACUGCGUGCAGAUGAUGCUGCGCAGCCUUCAGGAGUCACCGAUCGGACGCCGUCUGCUCGAUAGCCAGACAAUGCAGCAAAUGUGCGACAUUUGGGAGCUGGGCGAUUACUGCCGCGAGACGCAGCUCGUUUACCAUCAGGCCGGCAACCAGGGACGGCGGGCCUGCCGCCCGCGCACACUUUCCCAGGACCAGGUCGAGAACGGGAGCCUCGGCGGCAAGAGGCAAUGUUUCGAUGGCCAGGAGCUGUCGAUUAUUGAGGAAAACAUAUGUUUUAUUCGCGCUAAUUUCCCACAAGACACGGAGCUACCGAAGACGAAGCUGUUUCUGUACGCGCGCCGCAACCAUCUGGAACUGGCGCGGUACGAGGUGCAGCAGAAGGACAAGCUGUUCAAAGCGAUCAUCCAAUUCGACGGCAAGAGAUACAGCAGCACGUUCUGGGAGAAGAGCAAGCGGUUCGCUGAACAGGCCGCCGCACUCGUCUGUCUCGUGCAGCUGGGCGUUGAGCAGCGGGACACGCUGAUAGCCAACGGUGCAAUGAUGAAACCACUUCCCGAAGUCGGCGCUCCGACGCAGAACAGCUUCGACCAAUCCGGCCAGAAGGAGACGCACGAACAAAAGCCAGAUUGCGAGCUUGCGGUGAAAGAUUACGUGGUGGUUUGACCGUCGAUAUGGAUGACCGUGUUCAAAUCGAAAGUCCACCCUGCCCGCCUGCCGCAAGCUGCCACAGGAUAGCAUGAAAUGGAGCAUCGCUCCGUCCAAAGCGAAUGGUCUACGAUGCCCUCCGAUGAGCAUUUCUAUCAAUGAAAUACAAUGUUACGUGAAUUGUAUGCUGUUUUGGUGUGAAAUUUCAUUCGUCGAAGUAACAUCUACCGGGUGCUACAUUAAAUAAUUUUGAAAAAUUCAAAGGUAUUCGUUUAUCACGCUACUUAUGUUAGCAAUAAUACCAAACUAAACGCUAAGCUGGUAGGACGUACCCAUUCACCGCGCCAUUAACCUACGUUAGUCUGCCUUGAUGGGACAGGAACCGCAUUUAAAGACACCCAACUGGAAAUCGGAUCGCACAAUUGAUCGUGGUUGUUACAUCAAGACAGCCAUAAAAAGAGCGAAUCGUUUUU